UCUCUCUCUCUCUCUCUCCUCCAUCUCAUUUCAUGUUAACCAUUUCUACCUCCUGGCUUUAUCUCUAUUGUCAUCUCUAAACACCAGUAACAAAAUACUCUCCUCGGUACGACUUAAUUUUACUGUUGUUGCAACCGUGCCUCACAGAUCCCUUCCGUAGACAACGGAGGGUUGUAGGACGGAGUUUGCUAAUUUGUGCACGGCGGACCAGACUUGAGAGGGGAGCGGAUAGGCGCUGUUGUGUGUAACACGGACUGACACUUACCCUUCAGGGGAAAUACAGAGCCCUCCGCGUUGGAAGGAACUGGUGGAGAACAGGGCGCUUCUCUCCUAGCCUCAAGCUCCUGGCGAACUCCACCCGGAGUCUGUCGCCCCGGCAAGGUCCGCGAUGGCGUUUCCCCGCAACUCCUGCCUCUUGGCUUGUCUGCUCACGGUCCUGCAACUGCCCACGCUGGAUUCGGCUCCCCUCAGCGCGGCCGCCCCUCAGGAGCCAGUGCUGGCCCCAGUGGGCUCCGACGCCGAGCUGUCCUGUCAGUUCUCCCCGAACGCGAGCGCGGAGCGCGCGGAGCUGCUGUGGUUCCGACGGGGCCGGUCGCCGGCGGUGCUUCUGUACCGCGCUGGCCGGGAGCAGGAGGGCCAGCAGAUGCCCGAGUACCGCGGGAGGGCGACGCUGCUGACCGACGGGCUCCGGGACGGCCGCGCCACCCUGCGGAUCCGAGGCGUCAGGGUCUCGGACCAGGGGGAGUACCGGUGCCUCUCCACACGCGGCGGCUACGCCGAGGAGGCCGCUGCGCACCUCAGAGUGUCCGCUGUGGGCUCGGAUCCUCACAUCAGUAUGAAAACUCAAGAGAAUGGAGAGAGGGAGCUGGAGUGCACCUCCUCAGGAUGGUACCCAGAACCUCGGGUGCAGUGGAGGACAGCCAGCGGAGAGAAGUUACCAUCCACAUCAGAGUCCAGGAAGCCUGACGAGGAAGGCCUGUUCACUGUGACGGCUUCGAUAACCAUCAGAGACAGCUCCAUAAGGAAUGUGUCCUGCUGCAUCCAGAAUAUCCUCAUCGACCAGGAGAAGGAAGUAGAGAUCUCGGUACCAGCUCCCUUCAUGACGAGGCUGACUCCCUGGAUAGCAGCUGUGGCUAUCAUCAUACUAGCCCUAGGAUUUCUCACCGUUGGGUCCAUAUUUUUCACGUGGAAGCUGUACAAGGAAAGAUCCAGAGAGCGGAAGAAUGAAUUUGGCUCUAAAGAGAGACUGCUGGAAGAACUCAGGUGCAAAAAGACUGCACUACACGAAGUUGACGUGACUCUGGAUCCAGACACAGCCCACCCCCACCUCUUCCUGUACGAGGACUCAAAAUCGGUUCGCUUGGAAGACUCUCGUCAGAUCCUGCCUGAUACACCGGAGCGAUUCGACUCCUGGCCCUGCGUGUUAGGGCGUGAGACCUUCACUUCAGGGAGACAUUACUGGGAGGUGGAGGUGGGAGAUAGAACUGACUGGGCCAUCGGUGUCUGUAGGGAGAAUGUGGUGAAGAAAGGCUUUGAUCCCAUGACUCCUGAUAAUGGGUUCUGGGCUGUGGAGCUGUAUGGAAACGGAUACUGGGCCCUCACCCCGCUCCGGACCCCUCUCCCGUUAGCAGGACCCCCUCGCCGGGUUGGAGUUUUUCUGGACUAUGACUCUGGAGACGUUUCCUUCUAUAAUAUGAGCAAUGGAUCUCUUAUCUAUACUUUCCCUAACGUCUCUUUCUCUGGUCCCCUCCGUCCGUUCUUCUGCCUGUGGUCCUGUGGUAAAAAGCCCCUAACCAUCUGUCCAACUGCCAACGCCCCUGAGAAAAUCACGGUCACUGCUAAUGUCCAGGACAACAUUCCCUUGUCCCCGCUGGGGGAAGGCUCUUCUUCAGGAGACACAGAUACUCUCCAUUCUAAACUGAUACCUUUCUCACCUAGCCAAGCGGCACCUUAAAGAACAUUACAGCUCCACAACUUCCCCUUCCUUUGUCUCCUUCUUUAUUCCGGAAUCUUCAGUUGCCAGCUUCCUGCAGUCCGGCUUCUUCGUAGCACGUGAUUACUUCAUUUUGGAAAGGCCGUAUGUUGCUGCCAGAGAAGGCAGGAAGAAGAGCCUUUCUAAUUUGUUUCUAGCUAAUACUGGGGAGGUAGAGAGGUGAUUCCUAAAUUAUUUCUAGUGCCACAACCUACAUAGGAGGACUUGGUACAAUCGCCUGAGGGGUCAAGAGGCAAUUCGGCUGGCAUGCAAUCGUGGAGGAAACAUACGGAAUAGGGGCAUGUGGGCCAACAGUUUUUAGGUAAGGGAAAAGCAGGCUGCUAGGAAAAGAGGCUCUUAGGCUACAAUCGCAUCAAGGAAUUUAGAGGAGACAUCGCAGGCAAAUGAAGUAAACUUGAUCCACCUGUCCUCUCCCUAAGGUUUUUCAGGACUAGAUCUCAAAUUUUAUUACUUACGUUUUUUUCUUUGACAGCUUCAUACAAGUAUAUAAUGCAUUCAACUUACCCUCACUCUCUCCUCUGUUCUGUCUUAUUUCCCUCUCCUCCCCUCAUCAAUACCUACUCCUUGCUUCAAAUCUGACCCACUGAGUUUAAUGGGCUGUCAUGGGAGUAUGAAUUUGGAGCUGUCCACUGAGGUUUGGUGGACUCAAGAGCAUGUGUAAUGAUCUCCCUUCUCCCACAAUCAAUCAGCAGCCAAUAGUUCUGCUGAGAGGGAUAGGGCCACAUGAGCCCCUCCCCUGUCAUGGUUAAUUGCUGACAGGGCCAGUUUUGUAGAGGCCCAGCUCAGGUAACUACAGCACCUGUGAAAGCAUGAACACGAGUGCCCAGAAGGAAGCAUUUCUCAGCCAUUCUACCUGUCCUCUGGCUCUUAAGGUCCUUAGUCCUUUCUUUCAGGAUGUGUCUUGGACACUGUAUCUUGAAUUUUCUAACUCAUAUUCUGUAGGAUAGAGGACACUGCUCUGCUUGUUUGGGAGCACUGGGAGCAAGCUGGGCAGGGGCAGAGAAGGGUGGAGAUGAGCAGGGCUGGAGAACCAGACAGGGUUAAAACAGAGGAGAAAAAAAAAAAUCUAAAAACUACCAGGCUAGAUACACAUGGGUCAGGCCUUUCUGUGCCCUCCUCUUUUUUUGACCUCUCCUGAAAGUCAACCCAAUUUCACUUUAUUGACUCCACUAGAUGGGGUGUGUGAGUAUGCUUGUGGGUGUGUGUUUUAAGACAGAGGUUUACUAUGCAGCUUAGACUGUCCUUGAACUCCUGCCUCCACCUUCCGAUUGCUGGUUACACAGCCACAGCCACAGCCACAGCCACCACGCCUAGCAAGUCCUCCCGUUCUGAUGCAGCCUGCUUAGGUAGCAUCAUUGCUCUGGCAGUCCCAGCUGCACGCUUUCCUGGCCCUCGCUGCAAUGUCUAACCACCUCACAGGCACCUUCAGUUCCCUUUCGUUGCUAUUCUUUUCCACUGUGCCAUUGCCCGCUGUAGCCUACCCACCUGCCCUGCAUUCCGUUUUGCCUUAGGGGUCACCAGUGUUGCACCGUGAUACUCAAUACAGCUGGGCAGCUCGGCCCUAUCUGUGUGUGCUCCAGUGUCCUCCUGUUUGCAUGGGACUUGUUUUGUCAACGGCCUGUGUGUGUAUCCAAGCUCUUCCACUUCUGUCGUAUUUUUCUGAACACCCUCCAUGAACU